AUGUCGAUCAAACCGUCCUCGCCGACCGAUUACUCGGCAUACAUGCGAUUGGCCCUCGCCGAAGCAAAGAAGUCUCCCCCAAAGCCCACCAACUUCUGUGUUGGCGCCGUUCUCGUCGACGAGAGCGACGGGAGCAUUUUAGCCACUGGCUACACCCUCGAGCUUGAGGGAAACACGCAUGCAGAGCAAUGCGCCCUGCAAAAGUUUGCCUCGGCCCACAACCUCUCUGAGGAGCGUGUAGGCGAGGUGCUCCCAGACCAUGCUGUCAUCUACACUACAAUGGAGCCGUGCGGAGUGAGGCUGAGCGGGAACCUUCCGUGCGUCGACCGCAUCCUCCGAACCAAGAGCGCGGGCAAGGGCAUAAGAAAGGUUUACCUCGGCGUUAAGGAGCCCGAGAAGUUCGUCGGAGAAAAUGUCGGAAGAGCAAAGCUGGAGGAGCAGGGCAUUGAAUGCGUCCAUGUCCCAGGGUUAGAAGAGGACAUCCUGGCUGUUGCUACGGCUGGCCACGAGAAAGCCUGA